AUGGUCGUGCAACUUCUGGUAAUGUCGGCGAUCUUGGGCGCCUCAACCUUUGCUGUAGGGAUGCUUCCACUGUCGUACGCGUUUUCAAAGGGGCAUCUGGAACGACUCGCUGCUCUGGGAACGGGUCUACUUCUUGGGGCGGCGUUGGGCGUCAUCAUACCAGAAGGAAUAGAAACGGUUGUUGAAGCCAACCCUGGAGACGUGCCCACCGAACGCAUAUCUCUGUCAUUGAUUAUUGGCUUUAUUCUUAUGCUCAUCAUCGAGCAAUUGAUAUCACCAAAUGCCCAUACACUGGAUGACAUGCCUAUGUCUCUGCAGUCAAAAUCGAAUGGGUCCAACCUAGCGACUGCAGCUUCUGUUGAAUUUGAUGCAGAAUUGGGUGACCUUGAUCCAGUAAAUGGGCGUCAUAAUUCUGGAGGCGAUGCAGUAGUAGGAGGAGGGGGGCGAGAACGCGCGUUUACUUUGAUGCUUGGCCUGGUUUUCCAUGGAUGCGCGGAUGGACUUGCUCUGGGUGUUGCCAAUCUUGCGAAGACGGCUCCUGGAGCCACAAAUACAGUCUCGUUUGUCGUAUUCUUGGCUUUGAUUCUUCACAAGGCGCCCACGUCACUGGCAUUUACUACUUCAUUACUGUCAACAAAUCUUCCCCGUCCAGACUGCAAGAAAUAUCUAGCCAUCUUCAGUCUUUCUACCCCAGUCAUAGCCAUUGUGUCAUAUCUCUUGUUUUCUUUUUUCGGUGCAAGCGACGAAACAAAUCUCAUCGGUACUGCUCUUUUAAUUUCGGGUGGGACAUUCCUUUACGUUGCGACCGUCCUCCAACCAGUGUCACAUCAUGCACCUGUUUCCGGAGACCUCCGCCCUAUCUCACGAAUCUUCUUUAUUGCGCUUGGGAUGUUCAUUCCCGUAACACUGAGCUCUCUCAUUGGACAUGGACAUUAA